AUGUCUCUCGCACACUUCCUCGCCGAAUACGCAACACAUCCGUUCCUAGGACCGUACUACGACCACUGGCUGCAGGAGAACAACUUUGGGACGUUUGGCCACAUUUGGCAGCCCGACUGGUCCGGCUUUUCGUCCGAGCGCACUCCCUCGCUCGAUUGGUUCGAGGGCGACACGAGCUAUACGCUGCAUAUCGAGGUUCCUGGCGUCAAGAAGGAAGACAUGACCAUGCACGUUAGCGAAGACGGACACUCGUUGACGAUCGAGGGCAAGACUGAGAAGUUUGGUAAUUUCUUGGGCUUGAGUGGGGGCACGAGCCCAGGAGCACUGGUGGCAGGAUCAAAAGGGUUAGGAGGACCAUGGCGGAUGGCACGGUCGUCGUAUCUCUCGUACCGAGAAGAAGCACAGCGUCGGGACGACCGUCAAGUUUUCCCGCACCGUUUCGCUCCCAGCAUACGUGACGGCAAACGCAUCGUCGCCAAGCUCGAGAACGGCAUCUUGAGUGUGACGUUACCCAAGCUUCACACGCCCAAGCCCCGCCGUAUCGUCAUUGACUGA